AUGAAGAAUAAGAAAAUUCUAAGCACCAUCAUCCUCCUCUUCUUCUUCACAGCAUUCUCCUUCUUCAUGUUCAUCAUACAACCAGAUAGAUUAUAUCUAUACGGUGUCGUUUUUGAGGUUCGAGUCAUCAAUGGCUUCAAAAACAACUCGUCUUUGCCUUUAGUGAUAUGGUGCUCUUCAGAAGAGAGUGAUUUAGGAGGGAGGGCGUUGCAAGAGCAUGAUGAUUUCAGCUGGAAAGUGACAACAAAACUUUGGAAGAGAACCAAAUUCUCUUGUACCAUGAAAUGGGAUGCCAAAAGGAGGUCUUUUGAUGCGUUUAAGGUUCCUAGGGACUUUUACAGAUGUGGGAAUUUCAAGAAGUGUUCUUGGUUGGUUACUGAAGAUGGCUUCUAUUUUAGCCCCGAUGAAGUUAAUUGGAAGAAGGAUUUUCAAUGGUGA